GCCGAUUCCAGCCAUUCGAAUCGAUCGUUCUCUUUAUCCGCGACCAGUGAUUUGUUCUCACAGAGACCCGAUUGUGUGCUGUGUUUGGCGUGUGAUCAAUAGAGGGGCACAAAAACGAUACAAACAGCCAUUGUGGGUGAGAAGGCGAAAGAACUGUGUCGGAACUGUGUUGUGUUGUUGUGAUUGUUGUGUUGUCUGUCCGUGACACAAUCAAGUGAACGCGCGCCAUCGAAACAAUAUUACACAACGCGCCAAGGAAGACAAAACAAACCCGGGUCCCGGGAUUGUGAUCGGAGGUGCUGUGCUGUGAGCGUUUAUGCUACCGGGUUGAACGGGCCGGCACCAUGAUUAAUCACCACGCGAUGGCGAGCCUGGGGCACCCGCACUACGGGUUCACGCUCGGCAACGCGAUGGAGAUCCCGCCGGCGGCCGACUUUGCGCCGCAACCGACCCACAGCCCUACCUCGGCCGAGCAUCACCAUCACCUGAAGCGGAGCCAUCUCGGAGCCUUCGGACCGACUUCGUUGGCCGGUCUGCAGAGCCACACGGCCGCCGCCGUCCAUCACAGUGCCCACCAUCACGCCGGGCUAUCGAUGGGUGGUGGUGGGGUCUCCGGUGCUGGUGGUGGUGGAGGGCUGAGUGGUCAGACGUCUCCCGGGCAGGAGGGACACAUCAAGCGGCCGAUGAACGCGUUCAUGGUCUGGUCGCGGCUCCAGCGUCGCCAGAUCGCGAAGGACAACCCGAAGAUGCACAACUCGGAGAUCUCGAAGCGGCUCGGAUCGGAGUGGAAACUGCUGACCGAGUCCCAGAAGCGUCCGUUCAUCGACGAGGCGAAGCGCCUGCGGGCCACGCACAUGAAGGAGCACCCGGACUACAAGUAUCGGCCACGCCGGAAGCCCAAGAACCCGCUGGCCGGGGCCGGCAACGGGCUCGGGUCACUCGGAUCGCUCCAGCAGGGUGGCAAGUCGGCCCUCGGGUCAUCCUACCCGUUCCACCAGCUGCCCCCGUACUUCGCCCCCACGCACCCGCUGCAGCAGCUGGAGCAGCACUAUUCGCACGUGCCGUACUUCGGGAGCUUCGAUCCGCUGACGCUCCAGAAGCUGCACCAAUCGCAGGCGGCCCAGUGUGGGGUGCAGGUGGGUGGUGGAGGUUCACCGAACGGGGCCGCGACGGCUGGAGGGCUCGAUCUCGGUGGGAAGCAGUCGGCGGCUCAGCAGCUUCCGCCGACGUCGCUCAGCUCGUUCUACUCCAACAUCUACUCCGGCAUCUCGGCGGCGGCCGCGGCUGCCCCGCUGUACGCGGCCCACUCCAGCAGCCUGUACAACACCUCGUCCGCUUCGUCCACCUCGCCCGGGUCCAGCCCGAGCGCGUCCCAGUCCACGCUGCCCGAUCUCGACAGCAGCAUGCGGAGACCGGUGCAGGUCAUCUACUAA